AAGUAUUUUUUUGUGCAAACAUGUCUGACAUUGCUGGAAAAGAGUUUGUGUCCAUCAAUGCUGUUACCAUAUUGGGGUUUGUGUUCAUCAAUGCUGUUACCAUAUUGGGGUUUGUGUCUAACAAUGCUGUUACCAUAUUGGGGUUUGUGUCCAUCAAUGCUGUUACCAUAUUGGGGUUUGUGUCCAUCAAUGCUGUUACCAUAUUGGGGUUUGUGUCUAACAAUGCUGUUACCAUAUUGGGGUUUGUGUCCAUCAAUGCUGUUACCAUAUUGGGGUUUGUGUCCAUCAAUGCUGUUACCAUAUUGGGGUUUGUGUCCAUCAAUGCUGUUACCAUAUUGGGGUUUGUGUCUAACAAUGCUGUUACCAUAUUGGGGUUUGUGUCCAUCAAUGCUCUUACCAUAUUGGGGUUUGUGUCCAUCAAUGCUGUUACCAUAUUGGGGUUUGUGUCCAUCAAUGCUGUUACCAUAUUGGGGUUUGUGUCCAUCAAUGCCGUUACCAUAUUGGGGUUUGUGUCCAUCAAUGCUGUUACCAUAUUGGGGUUUGUGUCUAGCAAUGCUGUUACCAUAUUGGGGUUUGUGUCUAGCAAUGCUGUUACCAUAUCGGGUUUUUUGUCUAACAAUGCUGUUACCAUAUUGGGGUUUGUGUCCAUCAAUGCUGUUACCAUAUUGGGGUUUGUGUCCAUCAAUGCUGUUACCAUAUUGGGGUUUGUGUCCAACAAUGCUGUUACCAUAUUGGGGUUUGUGUCCAUCAAUGCUGUUACCAUAUUGGGGUUUGUGUCUAACAAUGCUGUUACCACAUUGGGGUUUGUGUCUAACAAUGCUGUUACCAUAUUGGGGUUUGUGUCUAACAAUGCUGUUACCAUAUUGGGGUUUGUGUCCAUCAAUGCUGUUACCAUAUUGGGGUUUGUGUCUAACAAUGCUGUUACCACAUUGGGGUUUGUGUCCAUCAAUGCUGUUACCAUAUUGGGGUUUGUGUCUAACAAUGCUGUUACCAUAUUGGGGUUUGUGUCCAUCAAUGCUGUUACCAUAUUGGGGUUUGUGUCCAUCAAUGCUGUUACCAUAUUGGGGUUUGGGUCCAUCAAUGCUGUUACCAUAUUGGGGUUUGUGUCCAUCAAUGCUGUUACCAUAUUGGGGUUUGUGUCUAGCAAUGCUGUUACCAUAUUGGGGUUUGUGUCCAUCAAUGCUGUUACCAUAUUGGGGUUUGUGUCCAUCAAUGCUGUUACCAUAUUGGGGUUUGUGUCCAUCAAUGCUGUUACCAUAUUGGGGUUUGUGUCCAUCAAUGCUGUUACCAUAUUGGGGUUUGUGUCCAUCAAUGCUGUUACCAUAUUGGGGUUUGUGUCCAUCAGUGCUGUUACCAUAUUGGGGUUUGUGUCCAUCAAUGCUGUUACCAUAUUGGGGUUUGUGUCCAUCAAUGCUGUUACCAUAUUGGGGUUUGUGUCUAACAAUGCUGUUACCAUAUUGGGGUUUGUGUCUAACAAUGCUGUUACCAUAUUGGGGUUUGUGUCUAACAAUGCUGUUACCAUAUUGGGGUUUGUGUCUAACAAUGCUGUUACCAUAUUGGGGUUUGUGUCCAUCAAUACUGUUACCAUAUUGGGGUUUGUGUCCAUCAAUGCUGUUACCAUAUUGGGGUUUGUGUCCAUCAAUGCUGUUACCAUAUUGGGGUUUGUGUCCAUUAAUGCUGUUACCAUAUUGGGGUUUGUGUCUAACAAUGCUGUUACCAUAUUGGGGUUUGUGUCCAUCAAUGCUGUUACCAUAUUGGGGUUUGUGUCCAUCAAUGCUGUUACCAUAUUGGGGUUUGUGUCCAUCAAUGCUGUUACCAUAUUGGGGUUUGUGUCCAUCAAUGCCGUUACCAUAUUGGGGUUUGUGUCCAUCAAUGCUGUUACCAUAUUGGGGUUUGUGUCCAUCAAUGCUGUUACCAUAUUGGGGUUUGUGUCUAGCAAUGCUGUUACCAUAUUGGGUUUUUUGUCUAACAAUGCUGUUACCAUAUUGGGGUUUGUGUCCAUCAAUGCUGUUACCAUAUUGGGGUUUGUGUCCAUCAAUGCUGUUACCAUAUUGGGGUUUGGGUCCAUCAAUGCUGUUACCAUAUUGGGGUUUGUGUCCAUCAAUGCUGUUACCAUAUUGGGGUUUGUGUCUAGCAAUGCUGUUACCAUAUUGGGGUUUGUGUCCAUCAAUGCUGUUACCAAUGUAGCAAUGUGAUGUCGGCCCUGUGCUUGGGGGGGUCAUGUAACUCUAGCAAUGUGAUGUCGGCCCUGUGCUUGGGGGGGUCAUAUAACUCUAGCAAUGUGAUGUCGGCCCUGUGCUUGGGGGGGUCAUAUAAC